GGGGACCAGGGAACUCUUGAUUUGUUGCAUAUGCUGAUCCCGUUGUUGCUGGAUCAGGGAGGAGUCUAAAGCAGUUCUUACUCAUGGACGCCAAUGUCUCCGUCAAUCACGAGAUCACCGAUCUGAUCGGACCGAGCCGGCUCUCGCAUGCAGCUCACUCAGAUCGGGCAAGUAUGGAUCUCAUUGUUUUUUUGGUAACUUUUGGUAUGGUUUUGGAGAACAUCUUUUCUGAGGUAGGCGACCCCUCCCUCAUCACUACCAGGCCAGGUCGGACUCGGGCUGCAAGGUGCAAACAGCAUGUUGAUUGCAUUGCGUCCAACUUGCACGGCAGAAUGCCUGCUUACGCUGAGCAGGCUGUCGACUCCGACCUUCGAUUGGCGCUCCGCCUCUCUGAUCAUUGCCCGAUUGUGGCCAGACGGGUCCAGGACUUCACGGAGUGCGUCGCCCUCCCCAGGCCAGAGAUUUCGGCAAGAAUCAAGG